UAUAAAGGUUCUGUCAGGAGAAAAUGUUGCUAUGUGGUGUGAACACAACAUCCAUACUACUGGAGACUUGUGCUGGUUCAAGCAAGCAGCUUAUGUUGUACCAAUAAAAAUUGUGUGCAUGAAGUACACUCAUAGUUUUCAAAGUGCUAAGGCAAAAUAUUUCUUCAAUAUUACAAUGAAUCAAAUGUUCAUGCAUCUGCACCGUAAAUCCACCUCUUUAACAAUACUGCAUGUGAGAGUUUCUGAUUCUGGCUUCUACUUUUGUGGAGCUGCUAAAUCCCAGAUAACAUUUGGCAAUGGAAGCAGACUUGAUGUGCAAGAUAAGAAUGAUAUGCCAAGAAAAAAUGACACAGAAACAAUGGUAUUGAAAGAUGAUCAUGAUAAAUCCUCUGUGUCUGCUGAUGAUUGUUCUGGAAACAUCUUUUUAACCCUGACCUUUAUACUUGGUGGAUUUAUUUUUUUUACUUUCAAUAUUCUGCUCAUCUCGAUCAUUAUCAGAAAACACAGAAGACUGAAACAUAGAAAAGCUAAAGCGACUGAACGGCAAGAACAACAGCAAGAUCACAAGUUGCAGGAGUCUGAAUCAGUGGAAUAUUCCGCUGUGCUCUUCUCAAAAAAGAAACCUAACAGAAGAGAAAGACAAACUGAUACAAUAGAUAUAUAUCAGAUGUAUUGAGGUCACAUGAUACAUAACUCACUUAUUCAAACUUUUGUUCAUAAAA